AUGGUCCAUCACGACAGGAACUGUAUCGCUGCCAUAGAAGGCUUGAUCGAAGCAACGCUUAACCAAACGCCUAACCCUGAGCAAAGGAAGUGGCAAGACUUCGUCGACGAAGCAGUGACGAAGAUCGUCAUUGACACGCAUACAGACGAAACUAAUCUAGCGAAAGAUCUCUGCUACGUAAUCGAUCUGCGACUGAAGCCGGAGUAUGUUCCGUCGUGGAUGAGCGGACCCCUCGAAUACCAAGAUGGCGACAUGGUAUCUGAGUGGCUAGAUAUCGUAGGUCUUCCCGGAGAAUGGGAUGGCAUCGGAAUCAAUCGUUCCCAAACAGAAGUGAGGAUGGUAUAA